AUGAAAGAGCUGGUUACAAAGAAAAGGAGCUUGGACUAUGAAAUGAUUGAGCUGCCCCAUAGUGGCAGUGCAUUUAUGACAAAUGAUUCAAUCACUAAGAGAGAAGAUCCUGGGGCAUUCAUAAUCCCGUGGACAAUUGGAAUGCUCCAAUUCACUAAGGCUUUGUGUGAUUUAGGAGCAAGCAUUAACUUGAUGCCCUAUGCAAUAUACAAGCAACUUGGUUUGGGUGAACCAAAGGCAACCACAAUGAGACUCCUUAUGGCUGAUAGAUCAAUCAAGCACCCAGUGGGGAUACUCUAUGUCAUAUUGGUAAAAGUAGAUCGGUUCAUCUUUUUAGUUGAUUUUGUGAUUCUAGAUUAUGAGAUCGAUGCUGACAUCCCCAUCAUUUUGGGAAGGCCAUUCUUAGCUACCGGGAGAGCAUUGGUGGAUGUUGAAAGCGGGAAAUUGAUGUUCUGUGUAAACAAUAAUGAGGUGACCUUUAAUAUCUGUAGAUCCAUGAAGAAAUCAAGUAAUAUCCAUGUGUUGUCUACUGAGAAUGUGAUAGAUGAGGUAGUGGCAAGUGUGAGCCAUUUAAUGCGCAAGAAUGAACCCCUUGAAUUUGUACUUGCCAAUGAUGAUGAAUCCGAAGUUCAAGGCUAUGAGGAAGUGGUAGCCACCUUAUCAGGGUUAGGAGUAAACUCAAGGAAUCCAAUCAAGUUGGAUAUUGACCUGAAAAACAAAGAAAAUCCUCCUGCAAAGCCAUCAACAGAAGAACCACCGAAUCUGGAGUUAAAAGACCUACCCUCUCAUCUCAAAUAUGCCUUCUUAGGAGCUAAUAAUACUUUACUAGUGAUUAUCGUAGCCGAUUUGCUUGAAAGGCAGGUGCAAUUGCUCAUUGAAGUACUGUGGAAGCUAAUAAAAGCGAUUGGAUGGACAAUAGUCGAUACAGUAGGAAUUCCUCCUGGCAUCUGCACUCACAAGAUUCGGCUUGAUAGUGAAUGUAAACUGAGUGUGGAGCAUCAACGGAGAUUGAACCCUCCAAUGCAAGAGGUGGUAAAAAAGGAGAUCAUCAAGUGGCUAGAUGCGGGAGUGAUCUACCCUAUUGCGGAUACUAAGUGGGUAAGUUCGGUGCAAUGUGUAUCGAAAAAAGGAGGUAUAAUCGUAGUCCCAAAUGCAAAAGGGGGACUUGUGCCGACAAGACCAGUCAGGUGGAGAGUAUGCAUGGAUUAUCGAAAGCUUAACUCAUGGAUCGAGAUGCUUGACCGGUUAUCAGAAAGGGGGUGGUAUUGCUUUUUAGAUGGGUAUUCCGGUUACGAUCAAAUCACUAUUGCACCGGAAGACCAAGAGAAAACCAUUUUUACCUACCCUUAUGGAACAUUUGCAUUCAAAAGAAUGCCAUUCAGGUUGUGUAAUGCCCCGACAACAUUCCAGCAUUCCAUGUUAUCUAUUUUUACGGAUAUGGUCAAAGACACUAUGGAGGUAUUCAUGGAUGACUUCUUAGUUGUACGGGACACAUUUGAGGAAUGCUUGAAACACUUAGGACAAGUGCUCCAAAGAUGUAUGGAUACAAAUCUGUGUUUGAAGGAGAAACUAAUAUCCACCCUGAUUAUCAUCAACCCUAAUUGGUCCGAAUCUUUUGAACUAAUGUGUGAUGCUAGCGGUAUGGCAUUGGGGGUCGUGUUGGGGCAGAAGCGCAACAAAUUAUUUCACCCAAUUUAUUACGCAAGCAAGACUCUGAAUAGUGCCCAGCCAAAUUAUACGGUCACUGAACAAGAAUUGCUUGCAGUAGUAUAUGCAUUUGAAAAGUUCCGGGCAUACUUACUAGGCACCAAAGUAAUCCUACAUACCGAUCAUACUGCACUCCGUUAUUUGCUGGCCAAGAAAGAUGCAAAACCACAAUUGAUAAGGUGGAUACUAUUGUUACAAGAAUUUGAUUUUGAGGUAAAAGAUCGUAAAGGAUGCGAAAAUCAAGUGGCUAAUCAUUUAUCAAGGUUCGAAGUAAGGGAAAAUGUUGAGCAUGAGGCCGACAUAGACGACUUAUUCCCCGAUGAACAGGUGUUUGCAAUAUAUUUCAAACAUACGCCAUGGUAUGCAGAUUUUGCAAAUUACAUUAGGUGUGGGCUGAUACCGGAUGAGUUGACUUUUUACCAACGUAAGAGGUUCAUGUUUGAUGUUAAAAUGUAUAUUUGGGAUGAACCAUACUUAUUCCGAGAGUGUGCGGACUAUGUCAUUAGAAGGUGCAUUACAGAAGAAGAAGCGGUCGAAAUUCUUCAUGCUUGCCAUACAUCUCCAGUGGGAGGUCACCAUGGUGGUAUUCGCACUGCCCCUAAAGUUCUAUAG